AUUCUGCUUGUGUUCGGCAAAGAAGAUGGACAGUCGGAUGGCUUUUGGUGGGCUGCAGAAAAGUUGGGCUACAGCUGCAGCAUUGCUAGGACGCCGGAGACUGCUCUAGAAGCCUACCUAAACAACCAUCAUGAUGUAGUUAUCAUCGAUGCUCGCAAUAACAGCAGUAACUGUUUUGAUGCUGAAGCGCUGUGCAGAUCUAUAAAGGCAACCAAAGCUAGUGAUUACACAGUACUUGUGGGCGUUACCAAACGAUACUCCGAGGACGAAGAGGAACCAUCAAUAUUACCACUUUUGAGAGCGGGGUUUACACGGAGAACCCAAGAAAACAGUAGUUUGUCUUCAUGCAUCAAUGAACUUCAGACACUUGAGUACGGGGAGGUGCGCUACAAUCUCAAACUGAAAGCCUGUACUGGUCUUUUCACGGCGUUGGAACACGUCUCAGAAGCUGUGGAGAUCACAAACAGCGAGCAUGAAAUACAGUAUGUCAAUCAUGCUUACGAGAAAGUGUGCGGUUUUACCAGUGAUGAACUCUUAGGCAGGGAUCCCGCAGACUUGUUCAAAUCAGAGAAGAACAAAGACACCAUCGAAACAAUCAAUGGACAUAUGAAGAAAGGAAAG